AUGUCUAGGGCUACCUUGACUAUUGUUUUUUCACUCGUAUUUCUGUCAUUCUUAUUCCUUAGCUUGGCUAAUAACAAUAGUAACCAACUUAAAAUCAGGGACAAAUACAACUCCAAAAUACAGGCUGAUAAUGAUGAAUUGCUUCUCGUAAUAAUUUUCCACAUUUAUUAAAUACUUUAGAUCAUUGCUGUCGAUGGUACUUUGAAGGCUUUAAACAAAGUUACUGGCGACGAAUUGUGGAGAACUUAGCUUAAUAUGCCGAUGAUUGGAUCCUAUGAGUAUGAAAACUAAGUGCAGUCUGAAGACGCUUUUGUUCCAUUAGUAGAUGGAAGCUUGAUCAGGUUUGAUAAAGAAGGAUAUUUAGAGAGAACCACAUUCAAUGUCAAAGAUCAAGAUUUUCCAAAUAACUACAAAAAAGAUUAGUGCAUAGUGACAGGACAAACUAAAACAGCUGCAAUUCAAAUAGAUCUCAAUAAUGGUGAGAUAAUGUAAACUGUUGGAGCGGAUUUGAGUUCAUUUUAAGGCUAUAAGUUCAGACAAGAGGCUGAAAAAUAAAAUGGUCAAUAAAAAUAAUCUGACAAAAAGAAAGAAGAGAAAAAUUCCCACUCAGAAAAAUCUACAUAGAUCUAAAAACCAGAGCCAUUCUGGCUCGUAGUUAAGAGCUAUGAUUAUUUAUCACAUGAUAAUAAAAAUGGUUCAGCUCUAUGGUCGAUAUUUUAUUCAGAAUUUUCUCACACAAAGGCACCACCUAAAUAGUCAACAUCCUUAAUAAAUAGCUAUUUUAAUCCACAGAUAGAAUAAUAAAUUUUUACUAAUGGAAACUUGAUAUAUUCAGUACUAAACAUAAACAGAAUAACUAAUGAAAUAAAAGAAGUACCAUUUAAUAGUUUCCUGGAGAAAGAAAAGAAUACAGUCAAGCUAGUUAAUAUUGACAAUUUUUUAUAUGCUGAUCAUCAAUAUAAAUACAUACCAAAGCACAAUGCGCAUGCAAUAGCAGAAUAAGGAUAAUCUACUGAUCUGAGUUUAAAUAAAUAGAACUAUCAAGAAUUAAAAGUUCCUAUUAAAGAUAGAGAUCCAAAUAGGGAUUAUGAACAGAAGAUGUUGGCAGAUGAUAAAAAUUAAGAGCAAUAGAAUUUAGAAAUAAAAGUAAAAGAGGAGGAGGAAUUCAAGAAUAGAGAAAGGUAAAAUGAACAAUAGUAACAAAAAAAUGAUUCCAAGCAAAAGCCAACAGAAAUAGAUGGAGAGUAAUAAGUUUAAUCCAAAUAUAACACUUUAAAGCAAGAUUUAAUGUUGUUCAUUUUAAGUGUAGCCUUUGUGAUAUGGAUUCUGGCUAAAUUUAAAUUCAUCAAAAUUGUAGCAUUUAAACACCUUUACAAAAAAGAAUCAAAAGAUAAGCUACUUACUAUUGAGGAAAAAAGAGAAGCAAGUCUUACAAAGACCCUUCCCACAAUGAAUGAGGAACCAAAAGAAUAAGAAAUUAUUGAGCAUUAAGAAAAAGAAAUAAAAAGGAAAAUUACUGUUAAUGAUAAAGUAAUAUUAGGAUUAGGUAGUGGAGGCACUGUUGUUUACGAGGGCUCACUAAAUAAUAGAUUAGUGGCAGUUAAGAGAAUGCUUUUACAGCAUAAUUCCAUUGCAAGUCAUGAAAUUUAAUUCUUAUAAAAAGUAGAUUUACAUCCAAAUGUCAUUACUUACUAUGAUAAUGAGUAUGAUAAGGAUUUUGUCUACCUUGCUUUUGAAAAAUGUGAGGGAAACCUAGAAAAUUUAGUUGAGUUGAUGAAAGCAAUAACAUAGACAGAUCAACAAGAGUGGAAAGUUUUACCGUUGGCAAAUAUUUAUUAAUAAAAUCCUGAUGAACUCAAGGAGCCAUAUACAAUGAUUUAAAUAAUGUUACAAUCUUUGAAAGGACUGUUAUUCUUGCAUGAUAACAAUAUAGUCCAUAGAGAUAUCAAACCUCACAAUAUCUUGAUAAAUAAAUUGAAGAUCGUCAAGCUUUCUGACAUGGGCCUAUCAAAAUAACUUCAUGAUAAUUAAAUCUCUUAUCACACUGAAAUAAAGGGUAGCUUGGGGUGGCAACCUCCCGAAGUUAUUCAUUCUGAAAAAGAACAUAAGCCAUUAAAGACAUCAUUAUAGAAAACUCAUAAAGUCGAUAUUUUCUCAAUGGGAUGUGUCUUUUAUUAUCUUUUAACUAUGGGAGAGCAUCCUUUUGGGCAAAGAUUCGAAAGAGAAAAGAAUAUUAUGAAUGGGAAAUUUAACCUUAGUAAAAUUAUGGAAUAGUUGACCUAUGAGAGGAGUAAAGAAGCUGCGAAUAUCAUAGAAUGCAUGAUUAAUCCAGAUCCUAAGAAGCGACCUAGUGCGAAGUAGCUUUUGAUACAUAUUUUCUUCUGGUCAAACGAUAAGAAACUAAAACUGAUUCAAGAUGUUUCAGAUAAAUUGGAAUUUCAAAAUCAAAAUAACAAUGACUUAAUAAUGAAGUUAGAGACUAUAGGAGCUAAAUACCAAGUACUACGAGGAUGCUAAAAUAACUGGACCUUAUUUAUAAGAAACAAGAAGAAUCACUUUAGAGAACUUCCAGAAGAAGCCAAAUAAUUUUUGGGCAGCACUAAUGAUAGUUACCUGAAAUACUUUGCCAAGUUAUACCCUACUAUGAUGUUGGCUGUUGAUGAGUAUGUCAGGAGAAAUCUAUUGAGCGACCCAUUGUUUGCACAAUAUUAUGAUCCCAGCAUAAUUAUCUGA